AUGGCUGAUUCGGUCGUCGAAUCUUCCAUUAUUGGUAAACUCGUGACCCCUCCGACCAAUCACGCCUCGAUCAUGAGCUAUCCUAGAAAUCAGGACGGCUUUUACAACAUGGAUCUACAGGAUACGAAUAUGGCGAGUCUGGGACAGUCUUACCAACUAGGCGGUUCCUACAACGGUCACCCGAUCCGGGAUAUGCAACCGCAACUUCAGGUCUAUGAUGUGUGA